AUGUCACUGAGCAAAGCUACAUCCGCGGAGAUACAGGGGAGAGACAAGAACUUUUUCCUCUGUUUCGCCCAGCUGCAGUAUGAACUGAGACGAAGGCAGUGUGAGCUCAACGCUGUCCAUAACGGACUGGACUGCCAACGCCGGAAGAGAAAACGAGCGCAACAACAACUGCAAACCCUGACCACUGUUGCCUUGCGGUUGUGUACAAGACAGAGAGAGCUUCGGAACUACCGCCGUCCAGCGUCGUGGUGGGAGACAACACUCCCAGGACUUCCCGACGACUAUUUUAAAAGUGACUUUCGUGUAACUCGGGCCACGUUCAACUACCUGGUUGAAGUAUGCCAAAGUAUGGCUAAGGCCGACACCCACUUACGGAAAGCGAUACCGCUCAGAAAAAGAGUAGCCGUUGCCCUGUAUAGGCUGUCGUCAUCUGCGGAGGACAGGACUGUCGCGAACUUGUUCGGGGUGAGCAGGUCUUUCGUCAACAUUGUCUACAGGGAGUUCUGCGCACAAAUUGUCAGUAAACUGGAAGCGCAGUUUGUCAAGCUUCCAACAGACGCUGAGUUGCCAGAGCACCUGCGUCGGUUCGAAGCCGUAACAGGUUUUCCGCAAGGCUUUGGAGCUCUAGAUGGCUGCCAUAUUGAGGUGUGCCCGCCGAAGGACCAGGGCUCAGACUACUACAAUUAUAAGGGAUGGUACAGUGUGAUUUUGCUUGCCAUUGCUGACCAUACCUACAAGUUUUCAUAUGUGAAUGUGGGGUCUCCUGGAAGGAACCACGAUUCAGCAGUACUUCAGAGGUCCAGGCUGCCUGCUGUAAUUAACAGUACCCUCUUCAACACAUUCACAGUGAGCUUGCAAGGUGUGGAUGUGGGCCCUGUCAUAUUGUGUGACCAGGCUUUUCCGCUGCAGCAACACCUAAUGAAGUCGUAUCCGAACAGGGCUACAAACACACCACAAAAGCAAGAGUUCAACGCCCGACUCUCUGGUGCAAGGCGAGUAGUGGAAAACGCAUUUGGAAGGCUGAAAGCGAGGUUCAGGAUUCUACACAAGGGACUUGAGUGUGAUAUUGACAACUGUACCACCAUCAUCAGAGCCUGCUGCAUCCUGCACAACAUCUGUGAGGACCUCAAUGAUGGAGUUGAGCAACAGUGGAUUGAAGAGUGCAGACAUCUUCCAAGGGAGAUGCCACAACAUCACACAUCUGCUGCUACGGAAAGCGGAGCACAUGUUCGUGAUGCCAUUGCACAGCACCUGUACUGCAUGAAGACCACAGCCUAA